UCCGCCCAUUGCGAGGCGCCACCAUUGUGGAGCUUUCGGUUCUAUCCCUGAGUAAACGGAGUCGGUGGCGAGAAAGUGGAAGCUAGUUCCUUCCCCCCGUCAGCAAGCCUGGUGUCAGCAUCUCAUCCCUGGUCUUCUCCAUCAGCCAGGCACGAUCUCUGCUGCGGGGAAGGUGAAGCCAUUUUAGCUGACAACCACGUUGCUGUUGUGUAUGGUGAAAAUUACCCCUCAUACUAUACCGAACGUAGACUGUGGGCAGCAGAGGUCACAGAAUGAGUGGACAGCGGGUUGAUGUGAAGGUGGUAAUGUUGGGAAAGGAGUUUGUGGGAAAGACUAGUCUGGUGGAGAGAUAUGUACACAAUCGUUUCCUCAAUGGCCCAUAUCAGAAUACGAUUGGGGCUGCAUUUGUGGCCAAGCUCAUCCAUGUUGGUGAAAAGGCAAUCACACUUGGCAUUUGGGACACUGCAGGGUCAGAACGGUACGAAUCCAUGAGCAGAAUCUACUAUCGAGGAGCUCGAGCAGCAGUUGUGUGCUUUGAUCUGACUGACAGUAGCAGCUAUGCAAGGGCUAGAUUCUGGGUGAAUGAAGUCCGGAACUGUGAAGAACAUUGCAAAAUAUAUUUGUGUGGAACCAAGAGCGAUCUUGUACAGAAUGAUCGCAAUGCACGGGGAGUCGAUUACCACGAUGUUCAAGAUUAUACAGAUGAGAUCAAAGCCAAGCUGUUUGAAACCUCCAGUAAGACGGGCCAGAAUGUUGAUGAACUCUUUCAGAUAGUAGCAGAAGAUUAUUUGAAUGUAACAGCCUUCCAGGUGAUGACAGAAGGUGAUGCUGUGAACCUGGCUGAGAAGAAGAAACCAACUUAUUUAUUUGGCUGUUGUCACCAAUAGCAUCUGAUUUCUAAAGACCCAUUUGCCAAUAUUUUAAGGAGGAAUUCUACGCAGAUUCACUGGACUGAGACUCCUUAUUCACAAAACUGUUUGAAUAUCAUGGUCUUGAAAUAUUUCUGAGACUGGAUCCAUUGUAAUGUGACUACUAGGGAACUGCAGUGUCUAAAAGACAGUCGUCUGACCCUUGAACUGAAGUGACCUUUCUUGCUGGAAUACUACAGCACAUCUCUGAACUUAUUGUGGAGACUGUCUCAGGGCAGUCCUUCUCACACAGCUAAAUAUGUAUGGCUUUUUAUAUUUUAGAACUUCGCCAAGAUUUUGUGCAUGAUGUACCUAUCUUUUUGCCUUUACUGAUUUUGUGAUAAUUUAAUUUUUUUUUUGUGUUGCCUAUUGAAAGUGGCAGCAGAUGUGUUAUUUAUCACACCAAGCAAGGUGCUCCACACCUAUUAUGUGACAUCCAUGGCACCAAGAUUUCAGGGUCCACCUUUCCACGUCUGUUGGCAUAAUAUUACGUUGAAUUUUUAACAAACAUACAUUAAGUUUUUUUGAUUUAUUUUUUGAGUCUGCUCCUCAAUGGUUUUUCACAUGAUUAGUUGUGUAACAUAGUAUCCUAUUAGUAUUGGACCUCCACUCACCCUGACAGUCUUAGAAGGACAGCCUGUGUUGAGCAGUUGUUUUUGGUUUUUGUUCAUGUUCUCUUUUGGUGCAUGAUGUUUACAAAUAUUCUCCAACAGAACUAUGGCAGUGUUUUAGAUUCAGAAUGCACUGGGUUUUGGUUACUGGUCUUGCUAAUGGGAGGGAAUUACUUGUAAAUUGCUGCCUCAGUUAUAGUUCUGACCAAAACUAGCCAGUCACAAUAUAUAGGCAAUGCUGCCUAUUUUGUAGACUGAGGGAAGGGAAACACUGCACACAGGAAAUGAGAUACCAAGCUAUGUUUCAUAUGGAGGAUGCUGAUUGCAGCUGAAUUUUUGUGCCAGGAAAAAACUGACUUCAUAAACUAUGGGUGGUCUUCCAAUUCAGUUGCUUGAAUUCAAAAGUAUAGCAAUGUUGGAAAAUGUGCAACAACUGAAGGUUGUGCCCACCUUAUCCCAGAUGCAAGUUUGGAGUAGGCUGUGACCUUUAUCUGACAUGGGGUUACAUAUUUGGUGAUAAGAUCUCAUUGCCAUAUAAUAUGGACCUCACACAUCACAGAUAAGAAUCACUGUGUCAUAGGCACUACAAUCAAUAUGUCUGUUUUAGGUAUCAAUGUUCUCUUGCAUUCCAGUUCCUUUGUCCUGGUUAGUUGGUUUUCACACAGUAAUUUUUAGCAUUACAGGUAGCAUUUCAUAUCAUCAUCCCAGUACCACUGACCAUGCAAGUGGUGCAGAAAUUCAGUAAUUGUAAAGCAGUAUUAAAGCUAUUUGGUUGGCGAAUACUAAUGACUUCUGCCUGUGAUUGCUGGUGCAGGACACAUGGUUGUAGGCACAGAUUACAUCUCUAUUCUUAUCAUCUGAUGAUAACAUUUAAAGUGACAAAUAAACUCCAACAGUGGCUUGUUGCUUUGUUACUGUAAUCCUUGCAGCACUAUUGUACAAUUUGUAUUUCUAAAUUUAUCUCCUUUCUACUCUCUUUUAACGUUCCCACCAUAUUCUUCAGCUACAAGGAAAGCAUGUAAUAGUCCUUUGGUAGAAGAUGCAGGAUCUUAUGACAAGGCAACAUUUGCAGUCCCCCUCCAGUUUGAAGAUUCCUGACACAAUCACAAACCUCAAUCUGAAAGUUCUUUGUCUGUAUUUAGAGUAAUAUUCAAGUUGAGCUCGCUGGUGUACAAUUUAACAUUGGAUAUAAGAUAUUAAGAGUUUGAAAAUUAAAUCAUGUCCUACCUUGGAUUAAUUUGAAUACAGGCUUUUUGAAUUUGGAUUGUCUGUAGAAAUGUGAAAAUAUUUGGAGUUUGGUUUGAAAACAGAUGGUGCUUCAAGCACUAAGUUAGCUUAAUUUUAGAGCAUGAUAGCUCCAUUUGUAUAACUGAGUUGAAACUGUCAGGUUCAACAGCUAAAGAUUACUUUGAACUGAACUCCGAUUGGAAUGAUGUGUGACUUUAGCUGGGACCUCCUCUCUGCUCUGAACAACCGUAUAUUCCUCAUUAUUGAUGCAUUUAAAGCUGUAUAUGUGCAACAGUUCAGCUCUUUUAAUGCAUUAAAUGGUCAGAGGUGCAAAGUGAUCUUUCAGAAAUACAGGAGAGAAUACUCAAGAGUUGAUGAAUGUUAAUGUGAUUUUUUUUUUGAACCAAGGGCGAAUGGGUUAAUUCCCACUUAGGGCAGAGCACAGGUGUGGAUUAAAAAAAGGUGCCACUGAUAACCAAGUUUUCAAGCACUGCAUCCAAAAUAUUUUGACAGGAGCUUUAGAAAUAACUUUCAAACUGAAGUAAUAUUUGCUGUUUGAUUGCACAGUACUUGCAGUAUUUUCUGGAAUGACAAAUGAGACAGUGUCUCACUAUAGUGAGCACAUUUGUUGAUCUAAAGCGAAUGCUUGUGUGGUUGAGAUUCAGCUUCAAAUAGUGUAGCAGCUCAAGGGAAUUCAGGUGAGUAAGGACUGUCUAAUGGUUCUGUCACAGCCAGAUCUGAGGCACUGCUUCUUGAUCAAAGACUUAUUUAAUUUGUAUGUGUAAGUGACUGCAAUGCAUCAUGGGAACCCAACACUUGGUGCUGUGGAGUCAGUGCAUCUUAUAAUGUGCUGGUCCUCUGUGAAUAAACCUAAUAAAGCUGGUUAUCUUAUCAGUUGUAAACACUACCAUCUGUAUUCAUUACUGUCCAUUUGAAUUUUGUGUUAAAACUUUUAUAAAGGCAUUCUCUUUUGAUUUUAAUGUAAGAAUAUGAUUAAAUGCACAAAGCUUCAACAUUA